AUGAGCCUGUUAUUUAAAUACAGCUCCCCUUCGACAAAAAAUAAUAUAUUGUUGGCCACCGCGAAAUCUUUUUGUCCUUUCCUUCUUACUAGACACAAAUACCACAUGAGUACUUACAUUGAUCAUAAGCUAGACUUUAAAAAACCUUGUCUGGACGACAGGAACUACCGUUUCAUUCAAUUACCCAACAAUCUCAAGGCGCUGCUCAUCCAAGACCCCGAAACCGACAAAGCAGCAGCAGCAUUGGACGUCAAUGUUGGCGCCUUUGAGGAUCCCGAAAACCUUCCUGGAUUGGCGCAUUUUUGUGAGCACCUACUAUUUAUGGGUAGUGCCAAGUUCCCCAAUGAAAAUGAAUACUCCAGCUAUCUCAGUAAACAUGGUGGACACUCCAACGCAUAUACUGGGUCACAGAAUACAAAUUACUUCUUUCAAGUGAACUAUGAAAACCUUCAUGGUGCUCUUGAUCGGUUUUCUGGUUUCUUUACUUGUCCACUAUUUAAUCAAAAUUCAACGGAUAAAGAGAUCAACGCUGUUGACAGUGAAAACAAGAAGAAUUUACAAAACGAUUUGUGGAGAUUGUAUCAGCUUGACAAGUCUCUUACUAACCCAGAACACCCUUACCAUAAAUUCUCCACUGGGAAUCUGAAAACAUUGGGAGAAAUUCCUAAGUCUCAAAAUCUUGAUAUUCGAGAAGAGCUAUUAAACUACUACAAUAAUUCCUAUUCCGCUAAUCUGAUGAAGCUCUGUGUUUUAGGAAGAGAGGAUCUUGAUACACUUUCUGAAUGGGUCUAUGACCUAUUCAAAGAUGUUAAGAACCACGGUGAUCGUCCUCCGCCCUCAUACAAAUCUGUCAUGCUGACACCUGACUAUUUGAUGAAGAUUAUUCGGGCGAAACCUGUUAAGGACCUGAAGAAAGUGGAGGUAACAUUUGCAGUUCCAGACAUGGAUCUGAAUUGGGAGAGUAAGCCUGAUCAUUAUAUCAGUCAUCUGAUAGGCCAUGAAGGUUCAGGAUCAUUGCUAUCCUACUUGAAGUCACUGGGGUGGGCAAAUGAACUAUCUGCUGGUGCUCAUUCAGUUUCUACUGAUAACGCAUGCUUUUCAGUAGAUAUAGAGUUAACAGACAAGGGGCUGGAACAUUAUGAAGAUGUUGUGCUCUCCAUUUUCCAGUAUUUGCAGAUGCUUAGGAACGAUUUGCCCCAGGAAUGGAUCUACAAUGAGCUAAAGGAUAUCUCUGAGGCAAAUUUCAAAUUCAAGCAGAAGGAGAAUCCUGCUUCAACUGUUUCAUCUCUGGCCAAGGCUCUCGAAAAGGAAUACAUACCUGUUGAUAACAUUUUGGGAACUUCACUUCUAAGAAAGUUUGAACCAAGUUUGAUAACCGAUUAUCUUCAACACCUUAGACCCGAGAACUCACGUAUAACGUUGAUUAGUCAAAAUGUAAAAACCGAUUUGAAAGAAAAGUGGUAUGGUACGGAAUAUAGCGUGUGUGACUAUCCGACGGAACUUUUGAAGAGAAUCAAGUCACCAGGCUUAAAUGCUCAUCUUCAUUUACCACGUCCCAAUGAAUUUAUCUCCACCAAUUUUUCGGUUGAAAAGCUUGAUAAUAUUCAGCCUCUCGAUGAACCUUUGCUGUUGAAAAAUGAUAGUCAAAGCAAGCUUUGGUACAAGAAAGACGAUAGAUUCUGGGUGCCUAGAGGGCAUAUCUACGUUUCUUUGAAGCUUCCACACACUUUUGCCAGUAGUGUAAAUAGUGUGCUAACUACACUCUAUGUGGAGCUAGUCAAUGACCAUUUGAAAGAUUUAGAGUACGAUGCGCAAGUUGCAAGUUUGCAUGUGUCUUUUCGUAAAACCAACCAGGGAAUAGACAUUUCUUUAAGUGGCUAUAAUGAGAAAUUAACGAUUCUUUUGACUAGAUUCUUAGAAGGAAUUUGCAAUUUCUCACCAAGUGAAGAGCGCUUUAAAGUAUUUCAAAGGCGAGUAAUACAGAAGUUGAAUAACCGCAUGUACGACGUGCCAUAUUCUCAAAUUUCUGAUGUGUUUAAUUCACUUGUGAAUGAAAGGUCAUGGACAAUUUUAGAGAAACUUGAAGUAGUGGAGCAGCUAUCUUUUGAACACUUAAAAAGUUUCAUCCCAACAAUUUACGAACAGUUUUAUUAUGAAUCUCUAGUUCACGGGAAUUUUUCGUACGACGUCGCAAUGGAGAUCGAUAAUCUUGUAAGAAUGCUCAUUCCAAAUCAGAUAAUGCACUCUCAGGUAAGAAAUAGUAGAUUACGCUCCUAUGUUAUUCCACAAGGUAAAACUUAUCGCUAUGAACAAAGUUUGGCAGAUACUAAAAAUGUUAAUUCCUGUAUUCAGCACAUCACUCAAUUUGGUGUAUACUCUGAGGAACUCUCAGCAAAAGCCACCCUGUUUGCGCAGCUUAUCGACGAACCUGCAUUCAAUACUCUUAGAACCAAAGAGCAACUGGGAUACGUUGUAUUCAGCUCAGCUCUCAACACACAUGGUACUGUCAAUCUUCGAUUACUGAUCCAAUCAGAGCGUGAUUCUGCUUACCUGGAGCAUAGAAUCGAUAAUUUUUUGGUUAACUAUGGUAAGGCAUUAGAAGAAAUGUCUGAUACCGAAUUCGAAAGGCAUAAAACUGCGCUUUGCAAAACGCUAUUGCAAAAGUUCAAAAAUAUCCGCGAGGAAAACUCUAGGUUUACAACUGCAAUCUUCCUUGGGGAUUACAACUACUUGAAUAAAGAAAGGAAGGCCAGCAUUGUUGAAAAACUUACGAAAAAGGAUAUGAUCGAAUUCCACAAGAAGUUCGUCACAUCCGAAGAUGCCCCUAAGUUAGUCGUCCAUCUCAAAUCACAAGUUAGUGAUCCAGCCAAAAGCGUAAAUGAUUUGGUUGCUAACUAUCCUACUGGUGAGCUCAUAACUGAUAUUGGUGAAUUCAAGAGCAGGCUGUUCGUGGCACCUGUUCGCCAACCUAUCAAGAGUUUCGCCGUUGCACCAAAGUUAUAA